CUCCUCUUUUGUUGCGCGGCGCGCUGAGCCAUCCCCUCCCGGCUCCUGUGAUGUCAUCCUUGCACUCUCGUCUUCACUGGAUUGGAGGAUCUCGACAUAAAUUUCCUGAAAACUCCCAACCCUUUUUUUCUUCUCUCCCAACACUGCACGUCCCUUAUUUCCUGUCCCAGAAAAAAAGUUCACUCGCGGAGCCGAGCAGCGAACUUUUGGACAAAGCCGUCACGUUUUAGUCUCGCUUAAAGCUAGUUUUUAUCUUCAGCAUCUUCUCGUACGUUUUGGGAAAGUAUUGUAAAAAUGGAAGACGUGAAGCGGAGGUUCCAUAACCUGCAUCUCAUCGCGGAUGAAGCAGAAGAGCGAGCAAAGAACUGCCAAGCAGAACUCCACCGUGAACGAGAGGAGCGAGAAAAAGCUGAGAGUGAGGUGGCGUCCCUGAACCGCAGGAUCCAGCUGGUGGAGGAGGAGCUGGAUCGCACCCAGGAGAGACUGGCCUCAGCAAUGCAGAAACUGGAGGAGACCGAGAAGGCAGCCGAUGAGAGCGAGAGAGCAAUGAAGGUGAUUGAGAACAGAGCCGUGAAGGACGAGGAGAAGAUGGAGGUCCUGGAAAUGCAGCUGAAAGAGGCCAAACACAUUGCAGAGGAGGCCGACCGCAAAUACGAGGAGGUUGCCCGUAAACUUGUCAUCUUGGAAAGAGAUCUGGAGAGAGCAGAGGAGAGGGCGGAAAUUGCAGAGCUUAAAUGUACCGAUCUGGAGGAGGAGUUGAAGAAUGUCACAAACAACCUGAAGUCUCUAGAGGCUCAGUCUGAAAAGUACUCUGAGAAGGAAGACAAAUAUGAGGAGGACAUUAAAGUUUUGAAUGACCGGCUCAAGGAGGCUGAGACUCGUGCAGAAUUUGCAGAGAGGUCAGUGGGCAAACUGGAAAAGACCAUCGAUGACUUAGAAGAGAGAUUACAGCGAGCCAAAGCGGAAAACCUAGACAUACACCAGCGCCUGGAUCAAACGCUGCAGGAACUGAGCUCUUUGUAAAACCAGAAAAAAGUUGCACAAGAAAAAUUUUUUUUUUUUUUUUUUAUAUCAAACAUCUCUCUUUUUUUUUUUUUUUUUGCAUUUUACUGGAAAACUAUCUCUGCUACUUAAGAACAAACUUCUAACAUUCCUUUUUAUAUUUAUGUUUUUUAAAUAAUGUCCCUUUGUAUUCAAUGGUUUUGGGUCCAAAUCUUCAGUUUUGGUGCUAAGAGUUGAGUAGCACAGAUACAAUUGAUGGCCAUAGUGAUAAUUCGUUGUUGUAUAAGCUGUUUUUGUGUCUAUGUGACCUGCCUACGGUUUUGUACGAGGCAAAUUGUGUAAGUUCAUUCUUCACUUACUUGUGCUGACAUGCUCUGUGCUUGCUUUGCGCUUAAUAUUUGGACCAACUUUUAAACAUCUCCAAUGCUGUUAAGUCCCUGUUUUAUACUACAGUCCAGUUGACAGCAGCAAACAAUAAAGAAUACUGUUUGUUUCAA